AUGGAAGCCGAGAGUUACACUGACCCUGCGGAUAGCUACAUUUUGGAGAGAAACUAUGAGUUUUGUGGACGUAAGCUAUGGAUCAGCCAGAGCACUGAUUCCAUGCUCUCAUCUUCUAGUUUUAUAUGGGAUGCUGGUCUCGCUCUUUGUCAGUAUUUUGAAAAGCAGAGAAUAAUCUUUUCUGGCAUGAAGGUGAUUGAACUGGGUGCAGGCACUGGAAUAGUGGGAAUCUUGGCAGUCCUACUGGGAGGAGAUGUAACAAUUACAGACCGACCAAAUGUGUUAAAACAAAUAGAACAUAACGUUGCAGCCAGCAUUCCUGCUUCCUUCAGAAAUCGGGUAAAUAUCCGUGCCCUAUCGUGGGGUCUUGAUCAUACUCAGUUUCCUACUGACUAUGAUUUCAUCCUGGGUGGGGAAAUUGUCUACUUUGCAAAGACGUAUCCUUUAUUAUUAAAGACUCUACAGCAUCUCAGCAGCGAAAGAACUAUCAUUUACCUCUCUUCCAAAAUGUGGCAGGACUUUCAGAUCAACAGCUUCUAUGAAGAAAUUCUACCAAAGCAUUUUAAUUGCCAACUAGUUAACAGAAAUGAAGAAGAUGAUAUCAACGUGUACAAAGUAACCAAAAAAAUUCCAAGUUCUGGGAAUCAGCCAGUAACCUAA